AUGCACGCCGCGGAUAUCAGGAGGUCCAUGGACAUGCAUUUCGACAGGCUGCAGGAAAAGGUGGCUAAGAACCAAGUGCUUCAAAUACAGCAGCAGAUACAAAAGGGGAUCCAGCCAAAUGCUCCUCACUCAGACCUACGAACUCCACGAGUACCCAAUCCCAGUCUCCUCAUUGCCUUGCCAACAGCGACAACGCGCGUGAGGGACAGAGCAGUACAGCCAUUCAGGGUACAGCUCCGGUUGUUCUUCCUGUGCGAGAGCAGCACCCAUACCACGACCAAGUACACCAAGGUCCGACACGAGAUCCAUCUGGGCAAGCGCGAGAGAUACGACAUCGCGGAGCCAGCCAAGUUCUUUGGAAAGCAUGGGCCAUAA